CGGACAGUCCGGCUCUCCGCACGCCUGCCGCCGAGCCGCUGAGCGGAACCCAGCGCGGGGAGUCCGGAGGAGGAAGAGGAUGGCAGGGCCGCGCCCCAGCCCAUGGGCCAGGAUGCUGCUGGCAGCCUUGCUGAGCGCCAGCUUCUCCGGGGACAUGGCCAACCGCUGCAAGAAGGCCCAGGUGAGAAGCUGCACCGAGUGCAUCCGAGUGGACAAGAGCUGCGCCUACUGCACCGACGAGACGUUCCUUGAGCGGCGCUGCAACACCCAGGCAGAGCUGCUGGCCGCGGGCUGCCGGCUGGAGAGCGUGGUGGUCAUGGAGAGCAGCUUCGAGAUCACAGAGGAGACCGAGAUCGACACCACCCUGCAUCGCAGCCAGGUGUCCCCUCAGGCACUGCGGGUCCGCCUACGGCCCGGCGAGGAGCAGCAGUUCGAGCUGAAGGUGUUUGAGCCGCUGGAGAGCCCCGUGGACCUGUACAUCCUUAUGGACUUCUCCAACUCCAUGUCGGACGAUCUGAACAACCUCAAACAGAUGGGAGAGCACCUGGCCGCGGUCCUAAGGAGCCUCACCAGAGACUACACGAUUGGAUUUGGCAAGUUUGUGGACAAAGUCAGCGUCCCCCAGACGGACAUGAGGCCGGAGAAGCUGAAGGAGCCCUGGCCCAACAGCGACCCCCCCUUCUCCUUCAAGAAUGUCAUCAGACUGACCCAAGAUGUGGAUGAGUUUCGGAAUAAACUUCAGGGAGAGCGGAUCUCAGGCAACCUGGAUGCCCCCGAAGGUGGCUUUGAUGCCAUCCUGCAGACGGCCGUGUGCACAAAGGACAUCGGCUGGCGCCCGGACAGCACCCACCUGCUGGUGUUCUCCACCGAGUCGGCCUUCCACUACGAAGCCGACGGCGCCAACGUGCUGGCGGGCAUCCUGCAGCGAAACGACGAGGAGUGCCACCUGGACGCCACGGGCACCUACACCCACUACAAGAGGCAGGACUACCCGUCCGUGCCCACGCUGGUGCGCCUGUUGGGCAAGCACAACAUCAUCCCCAUCUUCGCCGUCACCAACUACUCCUACAGCUACUACGAGAAGCUGCACACGUACUUCCCCGUGUCCUCCCUGGGCGUGCUGCAGGAAGACUCGUCCAACAUCGUGGAGCUUCUGCGGCAGGCCUUCGACAACAUUCGCUCCAACCUGGACAUCCGGGCCCUGGACAUCCCCCGCGGCCUGCGGACGGAGGUCACUAGUAAGAUCCCGAAGACGAAGUCUGGCUCCUUCCACAUCCAGCGAGGAGAAGUGGGCACCUACCACGUUCAGCUCCGGGCCAUCGAGGACGUGAAUGGGAUGCAUGUGUGCCAGCUGCCAGAAAAUGACAAGAAGGGCCACAUCCACCUGAAGCCUUCCUUCUCUGAUGGCCUCAGGAUGGACGCAGAAAUCAUCUGUGACGUGUGCGCCUGUGAGCUGCAAAAAGAGGUGGCGUCGCCUUACUGCAGCGGCAACGGAGACUUCAUGUGCGGACACUGUGUGUGCUACGAGGGCUGGAGCGGCAGUACCUGCAGCUGCUCCACAGGCUCCCUGAGCGACACGCAGCCCUGCCUGCGGGAGGGAGAGAACAAGACGUGCUCCGGGCACGGCGAGUGCCAGUGCGGCCGCUGCGUGUGCUAUGGGGACGGCCGCUACGAGGGCCACUUCUGCGAGUUUGACAACUUCCAGUGUCCACGCACCUCCGGGGUCCUCUGCAACGACCGGGGGCGCUGCUCCAUGGGCCAGUGUGUGUGUGAGCCUGGCUGGACGGGCCCGGGCUGCGACUGUCCUCUCAGCAAUGCCACCUGCAUCGACAGCAAUGGGGGCAUCUGUAACGGGCGCGGCCACUGCGAGUGCGGCCGCUGCCACUGCAACCAGCAGUCCGUCUACACAGACAGCAUCUGCGAGAUCAACUACUCGGCGGUCCGGCUGGGGCUCUGCGAGGACCUGCGGUCCUGCGUGCAGUGCCAGGCCUGGGGCACCGGCGAGAAGAAGGGGCGCAUGUGCGAGGAUUGCCGCUUCAAGGUCAAGAUGGUGGACGAGCUUAAGAAAGCGGAGGAGGUGGUGGAGUACUGCUCCUUCCGGGACGAGGAUGACGACUGCAACUACAGCUACACCGUGGAGGGUGAUGGCAGCCCCGGGCCCAACAGCACCGUCCUGGUGCACAAGAAGAAGGACUGCCCUCCCAGAUCCUUCUGGUGGCUCAUCCCCCUGCUCAUCUUCCUUCUCCUGCUCCUGGCACUGCUGCUGCUGCUCUGCUGGAAGUACUGUGCCUGCUGCAAGGCCUGCCUGGCGCUUCUCCCGUGCUGCAACCGAGGUCACAUGGUGGGCUUCAAGGAAGACCACUACAUGCUGCGCGAGAACCUGAUGGCCUCGGACCACCUGGACACGCCCAUGCUGCGCAGCGGGAACUUCAAGGGGAUUGACAGGGUGCGCUGGAAGGUCACCAACAACGUGCAGCGGCCUGGCUUUGCCACCCACACCGCCAGCACCAACCCCACGGAGCUGGUGCCCUACGGUCUGUCCCUGCGCCUCGCCCGCCUUUGCACCGAGAACCUGCUGAAGCCAGAAACUCGGGAGUGUGACCAGCUGCGUCAGGAGGUGGAGGAGAACCUGAACGAGGUGUACAGACAGAUCCCCGGCUCACACAAGCUCCAGCAGACGAAGUUCCGGCAGCAGCCCAACGCCGGGAAGAAGCAGGACCACACCAUCGUGGACACGGUGCUGAUGGCGCCCCGCUCAGCCAAGCAGUCCCUGCUGAAGCUGACGGAGAAGCACGUGGCCCAGGGGGCCUUCCAUGAGCUCAAGGUGGCCCCCGGUUACUACACCCUCACUGCGGACCAGGAUGCCCGGGGCAUGGUGGAGUUCCAGGAGGGCGUGGAGCUUGUGGACGUCCGGGUGCCCCUCUUCAUCCGGCCCGAGGACGACGAGCAGAAGCAGCUGAUGCUGGAGGCCAUCAACGUGCCCGUGGGCACUGCCACCCUCGGCCGUCGCCUGGUAAACAUCACCAUCAUCAAGGAGCAAGCCACCGGGACAGUGUCCUUUGAGCAGUCUGAGUACUUGGUCAGUGGUGGGGAGCCAGUGGCCCGCAUUCCCGUCGUCCGGCGCAUCCUGGACAACGGCAAGUCCCAGGUCACCUACCGCACACAGGACAACACGGCGCAGGGCAACCGGGACUACGUCCCCACGGAGGGCGAGCUGCUGUUCCAGCCGGGGGAGACCUGGAAGGAGCUGCAGGUGAAGCUCCUGGAGCUGCAGGAGAUGGACGCGCUCCUGCGGGGCCGCCAGGUCCGCCGCUUCCACGUCCAACUCAGCAACCCCAAGUUCGGGGCCCGCCUGGGCCAGCCCCACACAGCCACUGUCAUCAUCGGGGACCGAGAUGACCUGGAGCAGAACUUCAAGGGCCAGACCCUGUCAAGACUCCCAGGCCCUCACAGUGACCUGGGUGCCCCACAGAACCCCAAUGCCAAAGCUGCUGGGUCCCGGAAGAUCCACUUCAACUGGCUGCCGCCUUCUGGCACACCAACAGGGUACAGGGUGAAGUACUGGAUCCAGGGCGACUCGGAGGCCGAGGCCCACCUGCUGGACAGUAAGGUGCCCUCAGUGGAGCUCACCAACUUGUACCCGUACUGCGACUACGAGAUGAAAGUGUGCGCCUACGGGGCGCAGGGCGAGGGCCCCUACAGCUCCCUGGUGUCCUGCCGCACCCACCAGGAAGUGCCCAGUGAGCCGGGACGUCUGGCUUUCAACGUCGUCUCCUCCACUGUGACCCAGCUGAGCUGGGCUGAGCCAGCCGAGACCAACGGCGAGAUCACGGCCUAUGAGGUCUGCUACGGCCUGGUCAAUGAGGAUAACCGACCCAUCGGGCCCAUGAAGAAGGUGCUGGUGGACAGCCCCAAGAAGCGGAUGCUGCUCAUCGAGAACCUGAGGGAGUCGCAGCCGUACCGCUACACGGUGAAGGCGCGCAACGGGGCCGGCUGGGGGCCCGAGCGCGAGGCCAUCAUCAACCUGGCCACCCAGCCCAAGCGGCCCAUGUCCAUCCCCAUCAUCCCUGACAUCCCCAUUGUGGACGCCCAGAGUGGGGGCGACUACGAAAGCUUCCUCAUGUACAGCGAUGACGUUCUACGCUCCCCGGCCGGCAGCCAGAGGCCCAGUGUCUCUGAUGACACAGAUCACCUGGUGAACGGGCGGAUGGACUUUGCCUUCCCGGGCAGUGCCAACUCCCUGCACAGGAUGACCAUGGCCAACGCCGCCUACGGCACCCACCUGAGCCCGCAGCUGUCGCAUCGGAUGCUGAGCACGUCCUCCACCCUCACGAGAGACUACCACUCGCUGACCCGCACGGAGCACUCUGGCACUGGCACGCUGCCCAGAGACUACUCCACCCUGACCUCCCUCUCCUCGCACAGCCUCCCUCCCAUCUGGGAAGACGGGAGGAGCAGGCUUCCGCUGUCCUGGACCUUGGGGUCCUGGAGUCGGGCUCAGAGGAAGGGGGCGCCCCCCUCCAGGGACUCGCCAGACUCUAUAAUCCUGGCCGGGCAGCCAGCAGCGCCCUCCUGGGGCCCAGGCUCCCGCUUGGCUGCCGGUGUGCCCAACACGCCCACUCGCCUGGUGUUCUCAGCCCUGGGGCCCACGUCUCUGAAAGUGAGCUGGCAGGAGCCGCAGUGUGAGCAGGCGCUGCAGGGCUACAGCGUGGAGUACCAGCUGCUGAACGGCGGCGAGCUGCAUCGGCUCAACAUCCCCAACCCCACCCAGACGUCCGUGGUGGUGGAAGACCUUCUGCCCAACCACUCCUACGUGUUCCGCGUGAGGGCCCAGAGCCAGGACGGCUGGGGCCCGGAGCGCGAGGGCGUCAUCACCAUCGAGUCCCAGGUGCACCCUCAGAGCCCACUCUGCCCCCUGCCAGGCUCCGCCUUCACUCUGAGCACGCCCAGCGCCCCAGGCCCGCUGGUGUUCACCGCCCUGAGCCCAGAUUCCCUGCAGCUGAGCUGGGAGCGGCCCCGCAGGCCUGAUGGCGACAUCCUGGGCUACCUGGUGACCUGCGAGAUGGCCCACGGAGGAGAGCCAGCCACCACGUUCCUGGUGGACGGCGACAGCCCCGAGAGCAGGCUGACGGUACCCGGCCUCAGCGAGAACGUGCCCUACAAGUUCAAGGUGCAGGCCAAGACCACCCAAGGCUUUGGGCCAGAGCGCGAGGGGAUCAUCACCAUCGAGUCCCAGGAUGGAGGCCCCUUCCCACAGCUGGGAGGCCACGCCGGGCUCUACCAGCACCCACUGGCCGGCGAGUACAGCAGCAUCACCCACACCAGCACCACCGAGCCCUUUCUCCUGGAUGGACUAGUCCUGGGGCCCCAGCGCCUGGAAGCAAGUGGCUCCCUCACCCGGCACGUGACCCAGGAGUUUGUGAGCCGCACGCUGACCACCAGUGGGACCCUCAGCACCCAGGUGGACCAACAGUUCUUCCAGACCUGAGCUCCCACCCCCACCUGGCUGUUCUAGAACCCGGGCCCCCGCUGCCCUCUCCCCUCACCUCAGCUACACCGUUCUUGGACCCCUGGCGGCCCCACCCACCUGCAUGUUGAUCGCCGGCCCGUGCCUCUGGGGGUAGAUGUCCUCUGGGAAGCAGGAAGGGGACCUUUCGGCUGCCCCCACCCACCCCACCCAAGCACGUUUGUAACCAAAGA